AUGAAUAUCGUUAAAGAUAAUUUAAUAUUGAGAGAGAUGAGAGUACAAACAAAAGAAUUUGAACACAGAUUAAAUGAUAUCGAUAGAGUUUAUUAUAAAACAAAUUCAAAAGUUGGAUCGAUUGAGCAAAGAGUACAAGAUCUGUAUCAGAGAAUCAUAGAGAAUGAUAAAAGAUUGAAUGAGAUUAAAAAUAAAUCUAAUGAUUUAAAUAUAGAAAUUGAUAUUUCCAAUGCAAUAAUGGAACACAAAGAGUAUUAUUUGAAUAAUUUAAAUACACUCUACAUAGCUACCAAAGAAACAAUUGAAAAGGUUACCAAAGAAAGAGACAGACUUGCUAACGAUUUCUUAAUAAAGAAUGAUGAAUUUAAUAAAUGGCAAGAUGAACACUCAAACUAUGAUGCAAUUAGAGAGAUUAAAGUUAAAGAGGAGAUCGAGUUGGAUGAGUUGAAACUAAUUAAUUUACAAAUGGAAUCAAAGAUGAAUCAAACAAGAACUACACAACAGAAAUCAAAGGAACUCGAUAUGGAGAUCAAGAAAUGGAAGGAAAUCGUAGAAGACAAUGAGUACAAAUUGAAUAGUAGAUACGAACAGAGUGAGUCUUUGAUUAAAGAGAUAAAUGAUACUACUGAACAGAUAAAUACAUUACAAAAUGAAAUAGAAUCUAUUCAAAAAAAGAUUGAAGAGCAUCAAAUGCAACAACAGCAACAGCAACUACUACAACAGCAACCAAAGAAGAGAAAUCAAAAGAUGUUACCACUUCACAACAAUCAAGUACAAAGUCUGAAAUCCUCUGUUAAGAAUAAUAAUAAUAACAACAACACAACAAACAUCAAUGCAACCAUUCUUAAUAAAGCUCAUCUCCAACAAACACAACAACAGCAACACCAACAUCAACAACAACCAAGUUCUAAUAAUGUUACAAAGAUGGCCAAUGUCACUACGAGUUGGAAUAAACAAUCAUUUCUGUCUGGACAACAUAAUUUCCUUGUUCCAAUUCAACACCACCAACAACAAAACCACAUCAAUGAUAUCACAACAAACAAGAUAAAUUCAAAAUCAGUAUUACUAUCCAAGAAAUAG